ACACAAAAUUUAAGUCUUUGCUCAUAAAAGAUAUUUAUAGCACUACUCACAAUAGUCCAAAUACAGAAACAAUGCAAGUGUCCAACAAUUGAUGAAUGGCGCCCACGGUAUAUAAACACAAUGGAACAUUACUAAGCCUUAAAAAAGGACAUCCUGCCAUUCUAUGAGAGCACAGGUAAAUCUGGAGGACGAGUUAGGGCAGGCCAAAUAACCCUGGCACAGACAAACACCACAUGGUCUCGCUUAUAUGUCGGAUCUGAAAAAGUUCAAUUCAUAGAAGCAGAGCAUACACUCCUCGAGCUGCUUUUUUAGUGUACCACUCACUCUGCCAAACCUUUUGAUCUAGAGUUGCCAGAUUUUCAACAGCCAGUCAAAUCUGAUUUGCAGAGAGCAGACUGCCGGGUGGAAUUUGCAUUUCAGAUAAACAGUGGGAACUUUCUUUUUCAGCGUCUGUCCUGGAUGUGGCAAGGCCCAUGCCUCUGGGCUGGGCGCCCCACAUCCAGGGCUGACUGGGGAUCUCUUGUGUGUGCGCGCCCGGCGCUCCUCCCCGCCUGUUGGCUGGCGCCUGCCAGUGCAGCGGGCCUGUGGCGGGGUGGGCGGUGGAGGACGAGCUAGAAGGUCGGCCCAGCCGCAGGGUUCAACCCGGCCUCGCAGAGGGCGAUCGCCAUCGCGGGAGAAGAUCGACCCAGCCUGGGCCUCUGGAGCCGCGUCCUCGCUCCAGGGCCCCCAGCGCUGGGCUCCCGGCCGCGCGGCUGCAGCUCCGCCGCCUUCCCGUACCGGCGCCCGCCCGGGCCCCGGACGCGGCGCUCAGUGCCUGCCCUGUCUCUGGUGAUCAAGAAAGGAGGACCCCAGGUUCACGCCCCUGCACCCACUUCCCCUUGGCUAGAACUGCUCAAGGUCCUGCACUCAGCUGCUGUGGUGCUGUGCUCACUGACUGCGUGUCUCCAUAAGAACUCAGAAACUCACCUCAGGCGCUGGGAAUGCCGCACCAGGGCACCGUGCUGCCCCGGUGGGAACUGUUGCUCUACCUGCUUGCGUCACUGGGCUUCCACUCCUAUUCUUUUUAUGAAGUCUACAGAGUCUCCAGAGAGCAUGAAGAGGAGCUGGACCAAGAAUUUGAGCUGGAGACUGACGCUUUAUUUGGAGGACUGAAGAAGGAUGCGACAGACUUCGAGUGGAGCUUCUGGAUGGACUGGGGGAAGCAGAGGGUGGCAUGGCUGCUGCUCGGCCACGCAGCAGUGUCCCAGAUGGCCACGCUGCUUGCAAGGAAGCACAGACCCUGGAUCCUCACGGCCUACGGGAUGUGGGCUUGCUGGAGCGUGCUGGGGGCUCCGGGCGUGCUCACGGUUCUCCUCCACACCGUCACCACAUUCUGCGUGGCCCAGUUCCGGUCACUGUUCCUGUCCUGGCUCUGCUCUCUCCUGCUGCUCUCCACCCUGAGGCUGCAGGGCGUGGAGGACAUAAAGAGGCGGUGGUACGGGACCGACAGUGAGUACUACCUGCUGCAGUUCACGCUGACUGUCCGCUGCCUGUUCUACACCAGCUUCAGCCUCGAGUUCUGCUGGCAGCAGCUGCCCACCCUGCGUGCCCCCCACUCCUUCCCCUGGAUGCUGGCCUACGUCUUCUAUUAUCCCGUCUUCCACAAUGGGCCUAUCCUCAACUUUCCGGAGUUCGUCAAACAGAUGCAGCAGCCGGAGCUCUGCUCGCUGAAGGACAGCCUCUGCGUCCUGGCCCGUGCCCUGGGCCGCCUGCUGAGCUGGUGGGCGCUGGCCGAGCUGAUGGUCCACCUCCUGUACAUGCACGCCCUCUCCGGCAGCCCCCUCCUGCGCGACGUCAGCUGCUGGGCGCUAGGAGGACUGGCGUUGGCCCAAGUGCUGUUUUUCUACGUGAAGUACUUGGUGCUCUUUGGAGUCCCAGCCCUGCUCAUGCGCCUGGACGGACUCCACCCGCCGCCUCUCCCUCGCUGCGUGAGCACCAUGUUCAGUUUCACGGGGAUGUGGAGGUAUUUUGAUGUUGGACUACAUAAUUUCUUAAUCAGGUAUGUGUACAUUCCUCUGGGUGGGUCCCAGCGUGGCCUGCUGGGCACUCUGCUCUCCACUGCGAUGACGUUUGCAUUUGUGAGCUACUGGCACGGCGGCUACAAUUACCUCUGGUGCUGGGCAGCACUCAACUGGCUGGGAGUCACAGCGGAAAAUGGGUUCCGGAGCCUCCUGAACACGGCCUGUGUACGGAAUGGUUUGGCCCGACACCUCUCCCCACAAGCUCGCCGCAGGCUCCAUGCUGCCCUGGCGUCUUGUUCCACCUCGAUGCUGAUCCUGUUCAACCUGGUGUUUCUUGGGGGCAGUCAGGUUGGGAGAACCUACUGGGACAGGAUCUUUGUGCAAGGCUGGCCAUGGGUGACCCUGUCUGUCUUGGGAUUCCUGUACUGCUACUCCCACGUGGGGAUUGCCUGGGCCCAGACAUACACCACGGACUGAUUCUGCCUUCACCAUCAGCCUCCAAGGCAAAUGUGCUUCACCCUGACCUUCUACUCCAAAGUGAUCUCCAAGGAGUUAUCUUCUGGUCACCUUCUGCUGAAGAUCUCUCAUUCCAAGACUGGCAGCUUGAUCUCUCAUAGACAGUCUACAACCAGAUAAUCUUCUAAGUUUGGGGUCCUAGAGAUUUUCUUCCCUGACCUCCUUAGUUUUCUGAGUAAUCUGGGGUGCAGGAAAUAGAGCAUCUUACCCAGAUAUACAUGGUGACAUUUUGGUGUAGAACCCAGUCACCUGGCCCUUUGUGUUCUUUCUUCUGUACCAAGAGAUAGAUGAUGUUGUUUUUUUGGGGGGGGGGGAUUUGGGUACUGGGGAUCGAACUUGGAACCUUGACUUGCAAGGCAGGUGGCGGAACCACUGAGUGACAUCCGCAGCCCCUGUAGGGUACAUUUCUUGGUUAGCAUUGGAAUCCUGGUUAGUGGUAGGCCUACCCUCUGAGUAGUAUUUCUGAGACACUCUGGCCGUAUGUUGGUGACCCCUUUCCUGUGGCCUGCAGUGCUAGCACGUGCUAGAGCUCACACUGCAGCUGAGCGGGAAGGUGACAAAGGCACAGCUGUGUAGAAACAGUCCUGUGGCAUUCCAAGGAGUCUGUGACUUGGAGUUCAUCAGGGCAGUCUGCAUUUCGCUCCUUGUUCCUGAGCCUAGCAGAUGUGUGAACAUGAAGUUCCUCUGACAGUUGUUUCCCAAUCGAGAAGCAGACUUUAAAAAUCUGAGGAUGAGUGCACCCACAGCCGGGUGCUAGCAGACAGCUCACAGAAGGCAGGGACGACUUCCUGUGGCCUUGUCUGCCCUCCUAAGUCCUGGCGGUCACAGUCCUACUCUGAGGUUUAUACUCAGUGCUAUAUAUUGCCUCAUUUUGAUUCAAAUGAGAUGGAGCCUUUUUGUUACAUAGAAAACUCCUAAUUUUUUCUAGAAUUAUUUUGAAUCAUUUCGAGGCAAAUGUUUAAAAUCUAAACACAUUUAUUUAACUUAACUCAUUCCUCCAGAAAGAUACCAGAUAAGCUCCCAAUGGCUCCCAGUGGUAGAUGGUUUAGAAUAUUUUUGUUCGGCUUUAAAUUUUUGGGAGGGAGGCUGAAGAGGCUUUAAAAUUUGAAUCCAUUGUGUAUUUAAUUUUGAGCAACCUUUAUAUAACAUUCCAAGUACAUGCACUGUCACCAAGUGACAAAGUGACAGGUUCCUGUGGACCUCGUACCGUCUUAUAUUUGUUCGUAAUUGUCCUCGGGACUUGGCUGUGGUUGUAACUCAGUGAGAGGAGCUCUUAGAGUCCAGGGCCAAUCAUGUUUGUUGACUCCCUUUAUUCCUAAGUGCUCUGCUCCAGAGAGAGAUGGGAGGGGCAGGUGUUAAUGACCUGGCUGGGCGCUUGGUGCUAGCGGAAGCAGAGGCCAGGCGGGAGAGGGGCAGGUAGACCUGGUCAGCGGUAGCCUCAGCAGCUGCCAUGGGAAAGCAGAUGUGUGCAGAAGGCUGCAGGGUGCGGGAGUUUUCAGGAGGAAGGAGCCUGGGGAGGACAGCGCCCUCAGAGGACGCAGCAGGGCUUUAUGCGGUAGCAUGGAGGCAGGCCUUGGGCCAGCCACAGGGAGUUUACCUGAAGUCUGCUUGGAAGGUAAGGGAUUGCCAAGACAAAAAGGAGUGCAGACAUGAUUAUAGGGAUGUCUAAUGUAUGUAAAUAAUACGAAAGAUUCUGAGCUUUCUGAAAAGGACAUUUAUAUAAAACAGACUUAUUCAUUCUUUGAACUAUGUUGGGAGAGUCAGUGGAUGUAUUUGAAAUUAAUAAUCCUGAAUUUCUUUUAAACUAGAUCAUUCAGGGGAGUUCCCAGAAAUUAGUAAAUGAUCACUAUAUUUAGCUCCGUAUUUGAGGCUGAAAUAAUCAAUGUGGAUUAUGUAGAACCGUUGUUUUCUUUAAUCCCUUAUUGUUCUGAGCCGACAAUACUCAUCUCUACCUGCAUUUACACUAAAAUCCUAGAGUUGACCUCAUCAAAAGCCUGCUGAGGACCCCGGGGAGUGCAGAAUGGUUCUAGCUGAGGAACAUCUGCCCCGUCCUCCGGCCAACUCUAGGAAGAGACUAGACAAGGUCCAUGGUCCACACCAGCCCUGGGAUCCUCUGACCCCAGCUGUGUGGGGCAGCCCAGGGGAUCCCAUGCAUACGCAGCCAUCUGGGAGGUCAGCAAGCCCGUGGUCAUUGUGGCCAAGUCUUGGAACCAUGCAAGGAGACUUAGAAGCAUUGUUUACAGAUUAAUGUGUGUGAGGUGACAGCAGAACACCUUUGGUUUUAUGAAAGCCUGCAGGCCUAGAGAGAAAAUAUAUCACUGAUGCAUGUCAUGAUCCAUGAUCAGGGGAAUGGCAGUUUAGUAGGUGUGAGAGUUUCCUCUGAAGAGAAACCAAGACUUCAUACUUUAUCUAAAAUGAUGAUAUAACUUUUGACUAAAUAUCAGAUUAACCAUAACCUGGUGAUGUUUGCUUUUGCAGAUACAGCAGGGUGAACCCACAUGGUGGGGCUCGUUCCAGAGCAGUCAGUGUGAGAAGCUAAAUGAUCUCCACAGUACUGGCCUCAUCAGUGUGUCCUGACCUCUCUGAGGUCUUUCUUCAGGGAGAUAAUUUUAAAACAAAGAAAAACCCUCGUGGAAUUUGGAAUUUUAAAUACUGUCACCCUUAAAUUAUUUUUAUUGUGCUUUUCUGCAGUGUAAAUGAAGGGGGGUAUUACUAGGAAAUUAUGUGCUCAUACUGUGGCAUUAUGAGAUCAAGCACAGGUCCGAGUUUGGUUUGUACAGUGGAUCACAGACUCCUCAUCCCUGAAUUGAGUUACUGUGUCAAAGGAGCAAUGCCAUUUCUGAAAUGUGGCCCACUGGCUAUUAAAUGAGCACUUGGGUUGGCAGUGUUGUGGAAUCUUUCCCUGAGUGGGUAAGACCAUUUAGUUCAGAGCAAGCAGUCCUCUACCUUCAUAGCUCCUGAGGCCAUUGGUGCAGUCAAGGAUCAGAACUCCUGUUACCAACAGUGAGUCAGACAGAAGAGGUGCGGUUAUGUUCUCCCUACUGUAGAUACGUGUUAAAUCUGUGUGCUGCCAGGCUGCAGUGAUGGCGCAUUGCCCAGCCUGACAUAGUCUGUCCCCUACCGAACUCCUGCUGAAACCUGAUCACCAUGGUGGUGAUGUGGGGAGGCAGAGCCUCUUGAAGGUACCGAGGUUGCCACGAGGGACUGUUGUGGGACUGGUCAUUCUCACAGCAGUGAGUCCUCAUGGGCUGGGUAGCCGCCCUGAGUCACCCUCACGUCUCCUCUCCUCAGCAGAUGCGCGCUUGCCCCUCCCACUUCCACCAUGGUCCAGAGCUGCACAAGGCCCUCAUCGUGUGGGCCACCCUAUCAGGCAUUCCCAGUUUCCAGAACCAAAGUCAGCUUCUGUGCUUUACGAAUUCCCAGUCUCGGGUAUUCUAUGAAAACACCAGAAAUCGGACUGAGCAGUCUGUGCACACUAAGCAGUACUUUUAACACAUAAUCUUGGAGUCUCUAGAAUUUUAAGUUCUCCAAAAACUGUAAUUACAGGUGCUAUUCCAAGUCAGAGCUUCCUGAAUCUCAAAAAGGAACAGAAAAUACCACCCUUGUUCUGUCAUCUUAGGCCAGAACAUGCAAUGCAACAUCCUACAGCUAUGUAAGGAAAGACAAAAGGGAGUAUCAUGUAUAAAAUAGUUUAUUACCGUAAUAAAUAAACUCUCUUUACAAAUA